AUGAGCGGCGUUCUCAGUGUUAGUGGAGAGACUGUAAACGAACAAAAGCAGAGGAGUCAGACGGUGAACGUCUCCCAGCCGUCUACAAACGUCAUCGUCCAGCCAUCCAAGCCAGUCCGACCGGCUCCAUCCAGACCCGCCACCAAACACGCGCCAGCGGCGGCGGCGCCACCUGCGGGCCCUCCGGUCGUGGAAGCCUCUUCGGCGCUCCCAGAUCUCCUGGGAGACGUCCCCUUCACGCUGGCGCCUCACGUCCUGGCCGUGCAGGCCGGCUCCAGCGCCGUCCCCGACGUCCUGCUGUCCAGAGACAUCAACUACAACCUGGCUAGCUACCAGUACGACUUCACCUUAGAAAACUCCGUGCUCCACAGCACCUAGUGGGUUUGGAUCGGUUCACUGUUCGACCAAUCAGAGAGUAGAAGGAGACGGAAUCUGGAUGAGCAGCUUCACAUAUAGAAUAGAAACAUUCAGGUUCUGCUGGUGUCUCCAUGACGAGAAGCUCUGCUGCUGUCUGUUAUUUGUCCAGUUUGUCCACGUUUGGCUCCUGCUCCUUGUCCCCAGUUGAUCUCCAUGUUUAUCAGGUCAUCAGUCCUGCUGCUGCUCCACCCAGGAGUCAGAGAGACGUAGAAGUGAUCAGACUCAGUUCCCAGAAUGCCAAGAAUAACGGCAGAAAGAUGUCCCCGACCUCGGAAAGCCCUGAGCAGAUCGAACGGCUCGGAUCAGGCGCCCAUCAGGUGGAGCUCGUCUGUAGAACGGCCUCACAGGUUAUAUACUGGUCAGAGCUACAGUGGGAUGGUUUUUAUUCCCUCUGCAGGUUGUUUCCUGAAUCAAACCAGGAAGAAAAGCAGAAAAUGCUGCAAAAUAUUUCAAUCCUCGUCAUUUUUUUAUUAUAUAAGUGCAUUUGUUCUUAAAUUGAGGAGUUGCAGUAGCAGCCAUUAAAAUGACCCUUCCCAAUAAAACAGCGGCUGAAUGGCGGCCCACUUCCCUGCAGCAAAAUCCCCUCCAACUUCCAGCCAGCAGCCUUCUGCUGGGCGUGCAGACGGUGACCCUGACUCACCCAGUUACACUGAAAGAUUAGAAAAAUGAUGAACGCAGCAGAUUCUCCUAAAUAACUGGUAUGAAGGCUGAUUGCAUGAGGCCCAUUGACUCUUCAGCAAUCCCUCACACUAAGCAUGCUUGUAGCGACAGUGGAGAGGAAAAACUCCCUUUGAACAGGAAGAAACCUCCAGCAG